AUGCAAAAAAAUUGUGAUUAUAAUGGUUAUAAUAAUUAUCAAGGAUAUCAUGUAACUCAAACUUUUAGAAAUCAAAAUAAUUAUCAAAAUAACUAUCAAAAUACUUAUUCACAAUCAAAAGAAAUGAUAAAUAAUCCAAAAUUUAAUUAUGGCUAUGGAUAUGUAACUCAAGUUAAUAAUCAAAAUGUUAAUUUAUAUCAAACAACAAAAACAACAAAUCCCACUUAUCAAACUGAUUAUAAUAUUCAGGUACAUGAAACACAACAUCCCCAAUAUAAUUUAGGAUCAAAACAUUUAAGUGAAGAUGGAUCAUUACCAAAAUCUAUUGAACACUCAACUAUAUCUCCAGAAAUUGAUGAUGAUUUACAAGAUAUGCAUCACUUAUCAAAUGAAAAUUUUACUUUAGUUAUUGAUGAAAAAGUAGUUUCUCCUGAUCAGUCAACUUCAAUUGCUCCCACAUAUAUCCGUUCAACUGAAGCUGUCUAUCGUCCCAAUUUUAAUUUUCCUCUACAAUAUGCUACAACAUCAACCAAUACUAAUAUUGUAAAAAUAGAUAUUAAAAAACAAACAAAAAAUAAAAAUAUGUCAUUAGAAAAAAAAAAUGAGGAGAUAGUUGGUGAAGAAUAUGAAAAUAAUAGUUCAUAUAAAUUACAACCAAAAACAUCUCAAAUUUAUAAACCAAUUGUCCAACCAUUAAAUCAUUCUGAUAAAUUUGUACAAAAAGAAGAUGACAAAAAUAUUGAUGUACCAUUAGAAGCUGGUGAGACAAAAAUUGCAGGAUUAAAUUUUUUUAAUGAUCCUGUUAAUAAAUCAAUUUCAAAUGAUAUUUAUGAUGAAGUAGUACCAUUUAAUGAGAAUAUUGAUCAAGUUGAAGUGGUACCAUCAUCAAUCUCAACUUCCGAAGCAAAUAAUAACUUACCAGAUAUUGAAAAUGCUCUUGAGUAUGAUGAUAAUAAUCAUAUAAGUAAAAGAGUUAAAGCUAAAGCAUCAAAACAAUACAUAAAAGAUGAUCCCAUAGUAAAUGAAAUAACAAAUAAUGACUUAGUAAAAAUACCUCUUAAAAGUACAUAUGAAAGAUGUAAUGAUAAAGAUUUACAAAGAAUAAUGAAAACAAAUAUGUUAAGAAGUCCAGUUAUCUCAAAACAAAUUAUUUUUAAUGCAUGGAAAAAUGAACAUAAUGAAAAUUUAGAUGUUAUUUGCUCAAAAAUACCAUUUUCUUACACAGUUGUCUCAUCAUCAGUAUACUGUGAAAUUCAGACAAGUUCUAUUUCAUGUUUUGCAUACAUUCGACCAACUAAUAAAAAACAUUGA